AUGCAUACAUGCAUCCUGUCCCUGUUCCUAUCCACGACGUAUGGAGCGACUGCCUUGGUUCCUGGCGUAGAGCUUUGCACGCAGCUGGGCAGCAUCUUCAAUGCUUCUAUAUGUGUCGCCGGGGAGGCCGAAUACCAGAGCUUGAGGACUGAGAAUUGGUCCGAAACUGCGUGGAGGCAUCCAACCUGCGUCUUCCAACCAGCGUCUGCAGAUGAACUUCGCGUAGCGGUGCCCCUGAUAGCCGAAGCCGGUGUCAAGUUUGCUAUUCGUUCUGGAGGCCACAGCCCGGCUCCGAAUGGCUCUAACAUCGACAACGGCAUCUUGAUCGAUCUUUCCAGAUUGGAUAACAUCGAUUAUAACGCCGAUCUUAACAUUGUUACUUUCGGCUCGGGGCUGCGAUGGGUGGACGUGUACAGCAGACUUGACCAGUAUGGAGUCACAGUCGUGGGGGGUCGUGUUGUGGAUGUUGGUGUGGGCGGUCUCACUCUUGGAAGCGGCCUAUCUUACCUGUCAGACCUUCAUGGCCUAGUCUGUGAUAACGUUGUUGACUAUGAGGUUGUUAUUUCCAACGGCUCCAUCAUCCAUGCCAAUGCGAGUCAUCACUUGGAUCUGUUCUGGGCCUUAAAGGGCGGUGGCAAUAAUUUUGGCAUCGUGACCCGAUUCUCCCUUUCUACCUAUCCCAUCGGCCAAGUUUGGGGAGGGAUUCGGAGGUAUGAAUUAGGGGAUCUAGAGGCAGUACUCCUCGCCAUGGCCGAGUAUCAAGCUGCUCCGAACAAGGACCCUUACGUCAAUGCAUUUGUACAAGGGUUUGUCACGAACGAGACUAUCGGCGUGGCGCUGACCUUGAUCAAUCUGAAACCGCAAGAAAACCCUGCCGCUUUCGAGCCCUUCUCCCACCUGAGUCCCGUCUCGGACAGCAUCACGAUCUUGCCGUUCAGCGAGUUCCUCCAGGGACAAGGCGCCGGAGGUUUGAAACGGAUUGACUGGUCUACGACGAGUUUCGUGCCCAGCGCCUCCAUAUACAAGGAGUUGGGCCGGAUAUUGGUCGAGUCGAGCGCUACCAAGAAAAUCCAGUCCACCGUAGCCGGGACCGUGAUUUUCGGGCUGCAACCCAUCUCCGAGAGCUUGGUCCGUGCGGGCCACGCCCGGGGCGGCAAUGCGCUGGGCUUGCAGGCUGUCAACCAGACCUGGUUGGUGAUAGAUUCAGCGUGGUUUUACGAGUCCGACGACGCGUUGGUGCACAAUGCGGCGGCGGGCCUCAUCGAUGCGGUCAAAGCCUCCAUCGAGCCCGAUAGCCGGCUCCCCUACCUCUUCAUGAACGACGCGAGCUGGGACCAGCCGGUGAUUUCCAGCUACGGUGCCGAAAAUGUGCGCAGGCUUCAGCGGGUGGCAGAGAUUUAUGAUCCGGGUCGUGUAUUUCAAUCAUUAGUGCCAGGAGGUUUCAAACUUCCACCACUGGCUUGA